AAAUGCAGAAUGCACACGGUCUCUUCUGUAUUAGCCCGAAUCUACUUGCUGGAGCUGGAGUCUGCUCUGCAUCACACACACACGCCACAAUUUUCUGGGGGCGGGGAAAAAACCUUUCCGUUCCUUUUCCCCCUCUUUGCACAGUUGUCACCAAUGUGAGUUUGGCAAACCUCCUCCCCCAUCCAAUAUCAAAAGAAGGGGAGGAGUUAAAAGAUAUUUGUGUUCUCCUGAAUUGUGCGCGUGUGUGGUGUUGCAAAAAAAAGGGGGGGGGUAUUCAUUAAAAGGAAAGGGGAAAUUCCACACACACACUCAAGACGAUGGCCGUGGCUUUUGCUACUCCGCGGCAGCGCGGGAAAGGUGAAAUUACACCUGCCGCCAUUCAAAAGUUACUGGAUGAAAACAACCAGCUUAUCCAAUGUAUCAUGGACUUUCAGAGCAAAGGGAAAUCCGCUGAAUGCUCUCAGUACCAGCAAAUGCUUCACAGAAACUUGGUCUACUUGGCAACAAUAGCGGAUUCCAAUCAGAAUAUGCAGUCGCUGUUGCCAGCUCCUCCAUCACAGACCAUGCCAAUGGGACCAGGAUCAAUGAACCAGAGUGGAAUGAACCAGCUUCCCCACACACACAUGUCAGCAGAGGGCAUGGGUGGAGGGGGUGCCCCUGCACCUCACAUGCAGAAUCAGAUGAAUGGGCAGAUGCCUGGUUCUAACCACAUUCCAGUUCAAGGGCCGGGCCAAGCAGGUAUGGCCAAUUCCUCGGUCAACAUGCCAACGAGUAGCCACAGCUCAAUGGGAGGUUUCAGUCACUCAGUGCCAUCAUCACAAGGGAUGCCAGUGCAGAAUCAAAUGAGCAUGAACCAAGGGCAAUCGAUGGGGAACUAUGGACCUCGACCAAACAUGAACCUGCAGCCAAGCCAAGGUCCAAUGAUGCACCAGCAGCCUCCUGCCUCACAGUUCAAUAUGCCUCAGGGAGGAGGACAACAUUAUCCGAACCAGCCCCCUAUGGCCAUGAUGAAUCCUGUUAACCAGGCAAAUCACAUGAUGGGACAGAGACAGAUGCCCCCAUACAGACCAGCACAACAAGGUCCUCUCCAACAGUUUGCAGGUCAGGAGGAGUACUACAGUGAUCAGUUCAAUCAUGGACAGGGAACCCCAGAGAGCAUGAACCAGCCAUAUUAUCCUGAUGGCAGUAAUGACUACAGUUACCAGCAUCCAUCGUAUCCUGAGCAGGCCUUUGAAAGGCCUUACGAGGAUCCCUUACAACAUUACUACGAAGGAGGUAACCCACAGUAUGGGCAGCAGCAAGAUGCCUACCAGCAAGGGCCCCCACAGCAGCAGAGUUACCCCCAGCAGCAGUAUGCAACACAGCAAGGUUACCCUCCACAGCAGCAGGGCUAUGGUCCUUCACAAGGAGCUCCUGGCCAGUACACCAGCUAUCCCCAGGGUCAGGGGCAGCAGUAUGGAGGGUACAGACCACCCCAACCUGGUCCACCGCAGCAGCAGCAGCAGCGACCAUAUGGAUAUGAUCAGAACCUUCAAUGAACCAGCCACCAAGCUAUGGAAAAGAACUCCUCCAAAGAUUGUGCCUCCUACUGGGGUGCACCAGUCACAAAUGACUCCGUUACCAACCUUUUAAAUAAUGGUGAGGAAGACAGGAACGUUGGCUUGCUUGGACCCUGAAGGAAGAGUAUCUUUGGUUGUUCUCCACCAGUUUGAGCUAGAAGAAACUGAAACCUUUCUCCCUUCCCACAAAUGUGUACUGUUUUCUGACAGUUAUUCAGUCGUCUGCAACGUUACAAGAGUGCACAGAAGCAAAGUUUCAAGAACAUCGGGAAUAAUUUAAGGAAAGUAGACAAAAUGUCUUCUUCCAUUUGCUGUCAAUGUAUUGUGAGUGUUGGAAGACCAGCUCUCCUGUGAGCUUGUCCUGUUCAUCCAAGGCUGCCAAGCAGAUCUGUUCCUGAUGGAGAGCUGCUGGACCUAGGUCUGCUGGGCUUUCAAUCUGCUCCAUCCCCAAUCUCCCCAUUAGCCCGUCCUCCACAUGACUGGACUGGGAUUGUAUCCAAGGAGCUGAAAUAAUGAAGAGUCAUCGGUUGGAGAUGUACUUCUGCUAGGCUAGAUAGUUCCAGAGAAAGCAACAUACAAUGCUUGGGGGUCUAAAUGCAAAAAAAUUGAGGAUGUAAGACAAGAUUUUACUGAGUAUUAUUGGCAAAGCUAUAAAGGUCAUUUUCCAAAGUCAAACUAAGUGACUCCCUUGCCUAAAGGGGAGUGUGCUCAACUGUAUUUUCCAUUAUUUAUAUCAAAGAUUUUUUUUAAUAACAGUAUUGCUUAAAACCCUUUGUUCCUCACUCUUUAGGGAAAGUUGCUUUUUUUAAGAUGGCUAAUUCCCAAACCAUUAAUGUAAGUCAAACUUCUGCUGUGAAGAGGAAAGGAGUACUGCAACUUGUUAGAUGCACUGAAUGAUAUUCCCCAACCUCACUCCCAUUUUGCUAGUUGCUGUUAGUAUGGGUCCGAUGUCUGAUUUACAGACCUUACUGGCAUUUAAUUUUGAAUUAUCAGUUCCUCAUCCUACUAAUCUCCAGACAGCAAGCAUGCAUUCUCUAGAAGCACAUCAUCCCUGACAUCUGCAGCAUAAAUUGUUGGCUUUUGUGUUGCAAGAGGUGACUGAGAAACGUUUUCCAUUUCAUACCAUAGAGGAGUCUUACUGAGAUGCAGCAGAACAGCUUUCUUCAGAAUUUGCUUUGCUCUCUGGUAGUCCUUAGCUGUAGGAGUUCUAAAUCAUUUAAAAGAAAAGGUUUUGUUAUCGUGAUGUUUUGUUCUGCUAAUCUUGUUUCCAGGAUGCAUGUAUCACUGGCUAGUACAAAUCUUACUACCAUCCCACAUUGGCUGUCAAUCAGGUGUGGUUCUUCUGAUGGAAGGUUCCAUGGUCUGUCUGACUACUUAAGGCGGGGUGAAGUACUGUGGCUUCCAAGCUGGCUCCCAGCUGACUCUUGCCAUUUUCUGUUCAGUCACUCAAACUCCCGGUGUUGGGUGAGCACAGCUGUUCGUUGCGGCAGUGGCUUUUGACAAGGACACAGUGUGCCAAGUUACAUCAGUCCCUUUUAAAAGUGUGCAGACUCUGGAGCGUUCAAAUGAGUGCAGGAACUGAUGGAAACUCUCAGUAGAUCAGGCAAUGAAUGGGAUCAGGUCAUUGGCUCUCAGCCAGAGAUCAUCAACCUAAAAUGUUAAUCACAGUGGCCGCCUGGCCCACUGGCCAUUUUCUUCUGGAGGACAUUGUGAUAACCUUAUAAUUAGGUGUAGUUUGUCUGGCUUUAGUUCUACAACACCUCAAUCCCUGCUUUAGCCAUCCCUGAGUUUUUUAUUUCCAUUAUGUUAAACUGGCUUGAUCCUGUUCUCCAACUUCUUUCUCCACCCCACAGUUCCUCUGUCCAACUGCAACACUCUGCUGACUGCUGCCCUUGGCUACUUCCAACCUACAGGCUGUAAUAAGAUCUCUGGCAGCAUGCUUGUUUUAUUUUAAAUCUGCUUUCAUGUAGACAAUUCUUCCUUCUAAUUUUUACCCUCUGUCUAACUUUGGUGCUGUCCCACACAGAGGUUCACUAGCAAAGGAAAGUAUAAUCUGGCUGUUGGUCAGACAAUCCAUCAGUCAUUUUCCCUGUAACUCUAUGGCUUAUUAUUUCUCUCCUGAAGGAUCUGAUUUCCACAGUCAACAGGUCCUGCACCUUGUAAACCUUUUCCCUAGAUCUUUCAUUCAAGAUGCUAAGCCUGUUGCCCCUGCCUGCUCCAUGGAUGGGAGCAACUUUGCUCUCACUGCUUUCUCCAAGCCUCUUGUGUCCUAUCUGACUUUUCCCACACCUAAAAUUUACUUUCAGAACAAUCAAAGCCCACACACAUGUAUACAUUCGUCUUGUAUCAUGUUGAGGUGCAAAUUCUACCAGCAGAAUGGGCAAUUAAUAUUCUGUUAAUCACACAUGAAAUUAUGAUUUUUAAAGUAAAAAGGUAGUGUUAGUAAUGAUAACUGUAUAACUAUCUGAUUGCUUGAAUAUUAUAUGGGUGUGAUGCAUGAAACUCCACCAGGGAAGGCAGUUAGAUGUUAGAUGGGACAUCUAACUACCUUCCCAUCUGUGACUUGCAGUCAGCUUCGUUUCCAGCCACCCAUUCACGUGAAUCUUAUUUUAUUGUCCCUACCACUCCUCCCAGAUUCUACCAUCCACCCACACUGCAGAAACAAUUUACAGUGGCAGUUAACUCACCAAUCUGCAGGUCUCUUGACAUGGAAGGAAACCAGAGCACCCAGAGGAAACACAUGGGGUCACAAGAAGAACCCCACCGAGACAUCUCCCGCAGUCACGUUGCUGAAGUUGUGAGAUCACUGCUCUACCGGCUGUGCUGUAGAGUUGAGUCCAGUCCUGCUGGUGAGCUGUUUGCUUCUGAAAAGGCUGUUGAGGCACCACUUCACUAUCUUCUGAAAGAUGGGGGUGAGGCAACAACCCUUGGUCUUACCAACAUCGCCCUUGUCAAGAGAAUUUAAAAACUUACAAAUAAGGGAUGAUUUUCAACAAUGUUCAGGAAGGCUUUCAUUUUUGCUGCAGUGGCAAAUUUCCAGCAGCUCAGUCAGCCUCCACUAAGAGAGAAAUAUUGUUCAUGCUUCACAUUGUUGAUUGUUCAUUUAAUAUGACCUUUUGUUUUGGGCUUUCAGAACUUUGUAAGUUCCUUGAAACACUUGAGUCAGUGUCGUGACUUAGAAUUGUGGUCAUUGUUGUAAGAUAGGGGAAUAGGGCAGCCUCUGUGCACAGUAAGAUCCCUUGAGCAACCGUAUGAUAAUGACUGGGUUGACCUCAGAGAUGUUGAUUUGAGAGAUGACAGUAGGAAUAGCCCCUCCUUGAAAUGCUGCGCUGUUAUGUACACUGAGGGCCUCUAUGUGAUGUCUGAUCUCUAGGUGGUAGCUCUAACAUGGCAGUGCUAUCUGAGUAUCAUAACUUCACCUUCCUUCGUCCUCAUUUUUCUGGAGCUGAUGCUUCUGAAGAUAUUGAACAGGAAGAGACCAUUCAGCCCAUCAAGUGAGCUAAUUUCUGCUCCGUGACCUGAUUCCAAUGACGCAUCUUUUCCUUGCAAUCCUUAGUAAACAAAACAUUUCCCAGUCUCUGUUCUGGAAUUGACAAUUAACCCAACAUUUGCCAGGGGGUUCCAAAUUUCCCCCACCUCUCAACAUGGAGGUGCGACUCCCACUUGAAAACCUUGCUCAAUUCUUUUUAGGCUCUUCCCAGAUACCCAAAGAGUUUAAUUUGGAAGAUGCCCACCACAGAGCAUUAUGUCCUAAUCAUGGCUCUUUCAGCAACAGUUACUAGUAUCCCAUUGCUGGUGGUCUUCUUUGUACAAAUUCAAGUAUUACUUUGGAUGCUUCAUCCAAAACUAUUUGCAAACCUGACAGUUAACCUUAUUCCUAGGACAGCAUGCAAGAAGGCAUUGAUUGGAGUAAAAUGUGCAGCUCUUGUCUUGCUGUAAAAGUGUUAAUCAAUAAGGUAAUUCAUUGCAUACUUAUCAGUAUUGAUUGUUAAUGUGACACAUAACCUCACUUUGUAUAACGUCCAUUUGGUAGCUGAAUUGUACAUGUUUACAGUAAAUGUGUUCACUUAUUAUUCUGCAUAUUUUCCUCUUUGGACAAUUACAUGCAAGGCAUUGCACUUUUGUAA